GCAUUGUAAUUGCAAACGGUGCGUACGCGCAACUUGCCCGAGUAAUUGUGAAACUUGCUUGACUAAUUAUUAUUAAACUGUAAACGCAUUGUGUGACUAUUAAAGUGUAUUUACGACUAUAACGUUUAUUUCACGACAUCGGCGAUUACCUUUCGAUCGUCGUUUUCUUAACAGCAGCUUACUUGGCUCUUGGUCAAAUACACCGAUUCCCAUACACUUACUUAGCCACAGAUACAAACACACACACACACACACACGCACACACUCGCAUACGUAAAGAAUUCAACGUCAUAGUUUAAAGCAAAAACUAAAAAAUAUUUUUCUGGCUGCUGUGGCCCCGUGUCUUGACUAAUUAUUUUCUGUGUGUGGCAUUUGCUUGCGAUUCUCUUGCUUGGCGGUAACGCUUUACAUUGAAGUCGCUGCUGUUGCGGCUGACACGUCAACGAAUCUAGAAUUUUAGGUAACAAAUACAGUAUUAAAACAAUAAGUUGUUGAGAUGCGUGUGAGUAACAUACGCAGCGGACGCAUUUGUCGCAUGGCCCUUUGCUUGCUGGUCAUAUUGCCGUUGUUAUAUCUAUUGGCCAACUGGAGCGAUCAUCAUAAGCGUGUGCAGGAGGCAUAUCAUUCCCGCUUUGGCGGACCCAAAUUCAGUCAUCAGCGGCUCGAAAGUCGGCCACGUGAAGUGCCCAAGCUGGUGGAGGGUUUGGGCAAUUUCGAGCCCAAAGAUCUAAAGCCACGUCACGGUCCUGGUGAGAAUGGUGAUGGGCAUGUGCUGUCGCCGGAUAAAAAGAAUGUGGCAGACGCUUCGGAAAUGGAGUACGGCAUGAAUAUCGCUUGCUCCGAUGAAAUAUCUAUGCAUCGUUCUGUGCGCGACACACGUCUGGAGGAAUGCAAGCACUGGGAUUAUCCCUAUGAUUUGCCCACAACGAGUGUCAUUAUUGUAUUCCAUAACGAAGGCUUCUCCGUUCUCAUGCGCACGGUGCACUCCGUUAUUGAUCGCUCACCGAAGCAUGUGCUCCACGAAAUUAUUCUCGUGGAUGACUACUCUGAUAAGGAGAAUCUGCGUACUAAACUGGAUGACUAUGUGCAGCAGUUCAAGGGUCUUGUGAAGAUUAUACGCAACAAGGAACGCGAGGGCUUGAUACGCACACGCUCCAGAGGGGCUAUGGAGGCCACAGGCGAGGUUAUAGUAUUUUUGGAUGCCCAUUGCGAAGUGAAUCUCAAUUGGCUGCCACCAUUAUUGGCGCCCAUAUAUCGCGAUCGCACUGUUAUGACUGUGCCCAUCAUAGAUGGAAUUGAUCACAAAACAUUCGAAUAUCGACCAGUAUACGGCAGCGAUAAUCAUUUUCGUGGCAUUUUUGAGUGGGGCAUGUUGUACAAGGAGAACGAAGUGCCACGUCGCGAGCAGCGUCGGCGCGCUCACAACUCGGAGCCGUAUCGCAGUCCCACGCAUGCAGGUGGACUCUUUGCCAUUAAUCGCGAGUAUUUCCUCGAGCUAGGCGCCUACGAUCCAGGUCUGCUCGUGUGGGGCGGCGAGAACUUUGAGCUGAGCUUCAAAAUCUGGCAAUGUGGCGGCAGCAUUGAAUGGGUACCCUGUUCACGCGUUGGCCAUGUUUAUCGUGGCUUUAUGCCCUACAACUUUGGCAAGCUGGCCAACAAAAAGAAGGGUCCAUUGAUAACCAUCAACUACAAGCGGGUUAUAGAAACUUGGUUUGACGAUACGCACAAGGAGUUCUUCUAUACGCGAGAGCCCCUAGCGCGUUAUUUGGACAUGGGCGACAUAAGCGAACAGCUCGCACUCAAGAAGCGGCUCAACUGCAAAUCAUUCCAAUGGUUUAUGGAUAAUAUAGCCUAUGAUGUAGUAGAUAAAUUUCCCGCGUUGCCAGCGAAUCUGCAUUGGGGCGAACUGCGCUCUGUGGCAUCUGAUGGCUGCUUGGACUCCAUGGGACAUCAGCCGCCUGCUAUAAUGGGUCUAUCCUAUUGCCAUGGCGGUGGUAAUAAUCAGCUGGUGCGUCUCAAUGCUGUGGGCCAGCUGGGCGUGGGUGAACGCUGCGUUGAGGCAGAUCGCCAGGGCAUCAAGUUGGCUGUUUGUCGCUUGGGCACCGUCGAUGGACCCUGGAACUACAACGAGCAUACCAAACAUUUGCUCCAUCGUGUGCAUAAGAAAUGCAUGGCCCUGCAUCCAUCAACGCAGCAACUAAGCCUGGCUCACUGUGAUGUGAAUGAUGGCUACCAGAAGUGGCUAUUCAAGGAAAUUCGUCCGCAUUGGUAGAUGUGUUACCAGCAGUAACUAAUGCAAAUGGUUUCAGCGAGCAUGUUUUUUUUUAGACGAAAUGAACAUUUUUAGCGUAAAUGCAGUAAUGUAAACAAAAUUUAGACAUGGCAUUGUUGUUGGUUUUGUCACGUGUAUAUUUUGGUAAAAAGAAAACAAAA